AUGGACGAUUCACUUGAAUAUUUGCAACCCAAUUUUGAUCCUAGUACUCUUAGGAUCUCCCAGCUCCGUAAUCUUCUCAAUAAACAUGAUAUUGAGUAUCCUACAGCCGGUAAAAAGGCCGAUCUCAUCAAGGUCUUCAAGGAGCAACUCUCCCCCAUUGCAUCUGAUUUACUCAAGGAAUAUACCUCCGCCACUCCCUCGGUCAAAAACAUUGUAGACAUGCCUUCUCGCCACCGCAAUCAUAUAUCAUCUACUGCUGAAACUGCUUCCUCUUCUAGCGGAUCCUCACCAAAAUCAUCUGAGGAUAAACAUUCCCGCAAGAAUCAUCAUCAAAAACACGAAAUCACUCCUAAGAAAUCGUCUUCUUCUUCUUCCUCAACUUCAACCCCAACAGCUAAUCCUACUACCUCUACUACUGAUUCCCCCUCAAAAUCUUCUUCUAAAAAACGAAGUACACGCACGCUCGCAAAGCCUAGUAUCGAUCCUACCUCGCUUAAUUCUAAUGACGAGCUGAACGAUGCCUCAGGUUCAGCAAGUAAUAAUACGCCUACCAAACCAUCUUCCACCCGUACUCCAAAAUCAUCUUCUCCUCUUUUCACUCCGAUUAAAAAGACUGAAACUGCCUCUUCUGUUCAUACACCAACAAAAGAGUCUCCUCUUAAAAAAUCAUAUGUGCCUUCACCCGAAGAUGAAGUCAAAAAAAUCAAGGAGCCUACUUCGCAAGAUGAAAUUAUUGAUGUUGAGAUUGAAGAAACUACAAGUAGUGUUUUAGUUUCCCAGGAAAGUCUCGACAAGGAUAUCAUUAUGACGGACGAAAUUGUUGAAGAAGAAGAAGAAGAAGAAGAAGAAGAAGAAGAAGAAGAAGAAAAAGAAAAAGAAGAAAAGUUGAAACCUGCUCAAACCUCUGUUAAGCCUUCGCCAACAAAGAGCACAUCUUUUACUCCAUUUACCAAAAAUAAUGUUUUCCAAUCAGGAUCAAAUCCUUCAACUCCUGUGUCUCGUGGAAAAAGAAAGCGACCCGUGAAUUCUGAAGAAGAUGACGCAGAAAACUUGGCUAUCCCAGCUAAAAAGCGAGAAUCUGUUGCUUUAAGCGAAGAGGCUGAAGAUGAUGAUGACGUUGAAAUGGAUGACGAAGCAAAGGAGGCUGUCUUGAAAUCCCCAGAGACACCCGAAAGUGGCAUCGCAACAACCUUUGUUACACCUCAAAGCAGACCUCCUAAGAUCGAGCCUUCAUCAAUUCUUAGCCGAUCUUCUAAGCUCACUAAAAGUAAUAUUGUACCAGAAUCCCCUACACAACCUCCCAAGACCCCUAAGAGCUCCAAAAAGGUUAGCUUUAUGCGCCCCCCUGGCCAAAGCCUGUUAACCAAGCUGGCUGAUGAAGAUAAUGAUGGCGUCAAGGUUAUGUUUGCUCCAAAGACACCAGAGAAAAAAUCUGAAAUCCCAUUUGAGCUGGCCAACACCCCUUCUCGAUUUGAGGUCGAAGGUAUUCAUUCUGAUGACGAAGAUGAGACGGAGGCUCUUGAGAAGCUUGAAAAUGAGGUUGAUAAAGAGGAAAGGCAAAAAACUAAGGCAAAAGAAAAAGAAGAAGAAGAAGGUCCCCGCCGUUCACACACUGUGGGCAAGGCUUUUGGUGUUUCUCUUCUUUUGCUUAUUCUUGCUGCUUUUUCGCGGUGGUAUAUUGAGGCAAAAUUUAAUGCUGGCUACUGUGAUGUUGGAUUUGAUUCUAAUGAGCCUGCUUGGGUAAACCACCUCCGCCCGCACUACUCUGCACCUCCUCAAAGGUGGCAAGAAUACUUUGACAAGGAAUACAUAGCCGACUGUGUCAGCGAAGCUCUCGACAAAAUCCGACCAGAGUGUGAGCCGUGUCCAGAACAUGCCGCAUGCUUCCCUGAAUUUAAGGCUGUUUGCGAUGAUGGGUUUCUUCAGAUUGCGUCACCUUGGUCCCUUGGUGGAUACCUUCCUGUGGCACCCCGAUGUGUUCCUGAUACAGAAAAACAAAAGCGCAUUGAAAAGCUUACCAAAAAGGCAUUGGAGAUUUUACGCGACCGCAACGCCAAGUUCAUUUGUGGUGAUAAGGAAACCACCUCUGCUGAGUUUGAAGAAACUGAACUUCGAAAUAUGCUUUACUCUAUGAAAGCAGAGUCUAUUUCUGAUGAAGAUUUCAAUGAUCUUUGGAAUCAUGCAAUUGAAGGCGUUGAAGCUGACGAAGAAGUUAUUAUCCGAGAAUCUGUUAUCACUCACGAAACGGCCUGUACCGAAACCGACGGCUCUGACAUUCACGGAGAAGCUGAGGCAAAUGAGGAGGGAGAGAAGCUUCGGGUACUUUGCCCGGAAGAAGAACAACUCCAACGGUAUUUCCGAAGCGAGUCCCUCGGAAGCAUCAGUGUCGGCUGCGCCAUCCGAAGAUACAUUGCCGGACUCGUGGAAAGAUAUCGAGCGCAGCUUGGACUCUUUUUAGUUUUUGUUGUUGCGGUGACUGGAGGACGAUUAUGGAAACGGGCGCGGGAUGAGCGGAGGGCACGCGCAGAAACACUUGCACUGGAAGCACUUGCGCGGCUGAGGCGACAGGUGCAGUUGUAUAAGGAGGACGAGCGAGGACGCACGACGGCAUGUGUGGCAGUAGUUCAUUUGAGAGAUGAGUUGCUACCUACAAUGCCUGAUUUGAAGGCGCGCAAGCAGGCUUGGGAAGAUGUGGUGCAUAUUGUGGAGAGCAAUUCAAAUGUCCGGGCGAAGCUAAUGGACAUUCGUGGAGAGAUUAUGCGUGUCUGGGAGUGGGUCGGCGCUGAUGCUUAA